AUGAUGUCUUCAAGGAAAACAGCGUUUCUAGUCGUCUCCUCCCUCUUGGCGGUCUGUAUCGUCGUUUCUAUGUAUGGGCAAGCCUCCAAUCCAAAGGUGGAGCUCGAGGACGUUCUAGAACAGCCGCAAACUUUCAUGAUUCAAGCGCCAAGUAAGGAACAGGCAGCCGCUGAGGCAGCUCAUGUCCUUGUGGGCGCUCAUAUCGCUCGAGCUGCUCCUUUCGCAAGGCGAACGGAGGAGGGCAAGGGCCGCGCGUUCUACACGGUUAACGCCGAUAACGAGCAGGAUGCUGCCAAGAUCGCGAUUGAGGAGUACCGUGAGACUCAUCCGCCUCCUACCCAGGUCGGACGCAACGGGAACUCGUUUGUCGUGAAUGCAAAUAGCGAGAAGGAGGCAGCAGCAAAGGCUGUCGGCAUCGUUGCCUCUGAGAGGAAACCAUGCACACCGCCGCACUGCACGCCUCCUCCUCCUUCCACCUCAGUCAACCCCGUGCAAGUAAAUGCCAAGUUGAUCUUUCCUCCUGCCGAUCAGAAGCUCGCGAGAGAAAGUCCUUGCGUGCCGACCGGAGAUCCUGUCAGUCCUUGCCAGAAGUUGCCUGACGCUGAAGACGUCUACACCGAGGCGGACAUCAACAAGAGGCUCCUGGCGAUGAGAGAGCACGCAAGAGAGAGGCUGGAAGACGCCAAGGAGGGAUGGGAGGAUCAGUUCUCACAAGUGAAGUCAAGGUACCGCCAGCGACUGUCAGAGGUGCGAAGGAAGAUCGACCUCAUGGAGCAGAAGAUCCAACGACUUGAGUCUGGCAACGGAAACUCUCUCGAUCUUUCCAACUACCUUCGGCUCAAGGAGCGGAUCGCUGGGAUGAAGCAGGGGCUGGAGCGUCUCAACAGGACCCCCGGGAGACGGCGGGCCAAGAGGAGAGAGGGGUGUCCCUGGGCUACCGGGCCCGAUGGGCUUGCAAGGAAAGCCGGGCGUGAAAGGACCUCGUGGGCUGUCAGGGGCAAGUGGAGUGCCAGGGUGAACAGGGAAAGCCGGGGGAUCCGGGCAAACCUGGGGAGGAUGGAGCUCCCGGUCUACCAGGACCCCCAGGGCCAGCUGGCAAGGAUGGUAUCAAUGGUAUCGAUGGACCUCCGGGGCCCCGCGGCCUGCCAGGAAGGCCGGGGCCACCCGGGCCUCGUGGCAAAGUGGGACAACCAGGACCAGAAGGUUACUUGGGGCCUCCUGGGCCUGCCGCCCGGUGUUCCUGGCGCUCCUGGACUUCCUGGACCCCCCGGUCCUCCCGGGCGACCAGGGAAAGACGGGUUGGAUGGGCAACAAGGCCCGACAGGGAUGGAGGGCCAGGCUGUCAUACUUCCAGAACAGAUGAAUCAGAAAGUCUCUUCCUCCGUCCCCCAUGCUGUCACAGCAUACACUCCCGAGCAGUACCAUGCUUACCUUCAGGCUGCCAUCCGCGCCGCUCAGGAGACGGGGUGUGCUUGCGCACGUCAGGGUCAGUUGACGCAGAUGGCAUCGUGCCCGUGUGUUGCAAAGCACAUGAGUGCGAUGAAGGAAGGAGGGAAAAUCAAGUCUGCGCUUGCAGACAUCAUGAAAGCUGCAGGAAAGUCGUAG